AUGUUAUCGGCUGUACCAUGUAACAGAAGGGAAUCCAGUGCAUCCAAUCGUCUCCAGCAAUUACUUUCCGGCUGUUCUGGUGGCGGUCUUGCGGAUUUUCAUUCGAGUAUUGAUCGGAUAAACCUGGACAGUUCCUUACAAUCGCAGUUGGAGAACUCAUCAGCUGGUGAGGAUGGUCUGGCAGCUCUAUCACCUAUCGUGGAAAACAAUUCUGUGAACCAACUCACAGCCACUCAAAAUACUGCAAGUUCCGUUUCGACUGCAUCUACCAAUACUAUUGCAACUGUUACUGCUACUACCGCUGCUGCUGCUGCUGCUGCUGCUACUACCACUACUCCUGCUCCAGCUACCAUUGCCGCCACUACUACUGCUGCCACCUCUGCCACGUCUACUGCUACUGCUACUGCCACUGCUGCUGCUAGUACUCCUGCUGCCACUUCAACUGCUGCUACUGCUUCCACUUCAACUGCUGCUACUGCUUGCACCUCCACCGCUCUCUCUUCCUCAUCAUCUGCUGCAACGGUCACCACUAACCCGGGAGAUGAUGAACAACGAAACCCACAAACGGAAUGUCGUCUGAGAGUUGCAAAUAGGAACCAACGUCAACGUGAUCAGACUGAAGAAGUGCUGCGGUCUUUCUAUGUAACACCAUUCGCCAUUGAUCAAACAGAAGUCGACAUCCUGGAAUACAUCAAAGAGAUUUCGAACGCUGAGAAUUCUACACUUCGCUGUGCCAAGUUAGUUCCGAGAAACAAAAACAUCGAUGAGCUAACAUUCAUCUCCUUCAAGGUGACGGUAUCUGAUGACCUGGUUGCAAUUGGCACCGGCCUGCGGCCAACACCUCAUCAUCGCGUUCACGACACUUUUUGGCGAUGCGGCGGAAUGUGCACUCAUGCUGGGGCGGUUUUCGGAACACGAACCAACGAUUCCGGCGCCAUCCAACAACGCUCGAACGACGUCAGCGUCAUUGGCGAAGAGAUGAAGAAGGAGCCGAUGGUGGAGGUGGUGCUGAUGGUGGCAGAUCAGGAUUAA